CGCAAACCGAUAACAACUGAGGAUGAGAAUCUACCGACCAGCUUCAUUUGUGGCACGUGUACGAGGCGGAACGGGGCAAUGUCGACGGUCUCUUUCGUUUGCUGCAAAGGAAGCAAGCGCUCGCCGCAGGUUGCGAGUUUCUUGGUAUCUUAUUGUUGCUUUCCUUAAGAGGAAAAAGACACUUAAAACACACAUGCGAGGAAUUGCUCUAUUCUUGCCAACAAAAUUCAGAUUCAAACAAAUCUACCCUAUGGCUAGAUCAUGGGGUACUGUGUUUACCACGACUCCAAAGAAACUGGUGGAGAACAAUGAUUCCAAGGAAGCAGGGGCAAUCAGUAAUGGGAAGACAGAUCCUAUUGUUGCCUUCAGCAGACCUCCACCGAUCCCACCUUUUCUAGGACCAUUGGUUGCUCUCUCGCUGUUAGAAAUGUGGUCUAGUCGCGAUAGUGAUGACAACUGACGUGUUUUGAGCGAUUUCCCCUGAUGUUUGGCCUUGAUGUAUACAUAUCUUGCAUAAGUGUUCCUCACUUAAAAAGGAUCUUUCCCACGGAGACCAAAGUUUUGAUUGCAAAGACAAACAAUAGAGCUGUGAAUUCCCUAGCCUUUAGAUAGCCUGCCAGUAGGGGGUUGAAGAAGGGUGCCAAAACUAUGGCAUAAAUCUUUAAUAAGAUUUAUAGUAUAAUAACUUGUGGACUCUUUAGGAACCCUGCUGGAUUGAAACUAUGUGAAUUAGCGUUUAUAUUUGGUGCUUUUGAGAUGUUUGUAUGUUCAGAGUCAUAACAAAUCUAUAAUGCUGUAGUUUUUGAAGGUGAUGAUUACCAGCACAAUUCCUCCUGGUUUGAUUGGUGGCUUGAUCACAACCCUAGCUUUUCUGUAUUUUGAAUCAAUAUUUCAAGCAUUG